AGCCACCACCAACACAUCACAACUGAAACCUACUCCAACACUGCCCUUGAAAACAUGGCUCCAACCACACGGAGGCAGCAGAAGCAACGUCAGAGCACGGCAAACGAACCUGUUGCGGCUGCCGCAACCAAUUGCGCCAAAAGCGACGGGAAAGUCUCCGGAAAGGCAAAGCCGAAGGGCCACAAGAGAUUCGAUAGCGAGGACGAGGACGAGGAGGAGGAUAUUACAGUGGGCGGCGGUGUAGCGCUCAAUGAGGAAAAAGAGGCGGAAAACGAAGACAGCGAGGAAGCGGAGGAUGAGGACGACUCCGACGAUGAUGCGCCAGAGGCUGUGACCAUGGGCUCGGGACGAGAGGCGGCGAAAAAGAGGGAGGAAGAUGCCAAAAAGGCGAUCGAAGUCCAGGAAAAGGCCGCCCGACAGAAGCGGAAACAGCGGGAAACACUCCUCAAAGAGCAGAAAAAAUCGGCAGCAAAGCGACGAAAAGUAGCACCUGCAAAGACCGUCGAGGCAGUUCCCGAGCCCGCUGUCGAAGAGAAGGAGGACGAGGAGAAGACCCCCGACAACGGCGACGAAACCCCCGCGGACCAACAACUCACCACCACGUCAAAGAACAAAGGCCCAACACUCCUCCCCGCGUCACUCCUGGAAAAGGUAGCCGACCGCCCAUCUCCCCCGCCGCGGACGCAUAAACGCGCCGGCGACUUCGGCUUUGACGACGAGGGCGAUUCUGAAGAUGGCUUGGAUUUUGAUGAUUUUGAGGGCGACGGCAUGAUGGUUGACGAGGAGCUCUCGUCAGGAAAGACAGAAAGGAAUAGGAGGAAACGAGCGGCCAGGAAGGCGAAAAUGGAGUUCAAGAAGGGCCCCGUGAGUGUCAAGGUUUUGCAGGAUGACAAGAAAGCGCGCAAAAUCAUGAUGCCGCCAGCGAACAAGAGGGUGGUUAACACAAAGAGUACCUGGCUAAGUGGAAGAGGAACUGUUAAGCGGCGGAGCAUUGGCAGUGUUGGGGGUGCUUUUGCGAAAUAAUGUGGGACUCCAGCUUGAGGGGUCAUUUGGGAGUUCUUGGUGUGUUGGUAGACGCGAAUUCUUGAUAUCAUGGUUGACACUCGAUUGCCUAGUUGCUCGGAUAUGGAGGGCACCCGAUGACUUGGUCUUCUGAGGUGUUGAUGCUUCUGGAACAGGAGGGCGGUAGCAGCGAUCAGUUGGCAGUUUGGCAAUAGCUUGUAGCUACAUAGUACGAUUGAGUGAGGCCAUUGAAUAGCACUGCCUGGUUUUGCGGCAUUUUGCACGCCACCCCGCUUUGAUCGGUCUUUGGGAGAG